UGGUUGGGGUCGGACUGGCGGCUUUGGGGUGGAAGUUUUGGGGCUGGGGCAACUCCUCCCCUCGUUGGAACUGCUGCGGAUCUUUGGCCUUUUUCCGAGGGACUGGAGCCUCGCAGCCUGCCCGAGACCCGACUCUUGGCCCAGAGCUGGGGCAAUUACCAGGAGGGGCGCCCCGGACAGACAGCAACAGGGAGCGUUGGGCUGGCUAGGACAGGCGCCCACCUAACUUCCUGCCAUUCAUCCUGCUCAGCUUGCCUCUCCUGCCCCUUGCAACGAAAGCCGUGACCAGCUGUAAGGACUGUAGGCGUGGGGCCUGCAGACAUCAUGAGCGUGGGCUUCAUCGGGGCUGGCCAGCUGGCUUUCGCCCUGGCCAAGGGCUUCACAGCGGCAGGUGUCCUGGCUGCUCACAGGAUAAUAGCCAGCUCCCCAGACAUGGACCUGGACACAGUUUCUGCUCUCAGGAAGAUAGGGGUGAACUUGACACCCCACAACAAGGAGACAGUUCAGCAUAGUGAUGUGCUCUUCCUGACUGUGAAGCCACACAUCAUCCCCUUCGUCCUGGACGAGAUCGGCGUUAACAUCGAGGACAGGCAUCUUGUGGUGUCCUGUGCAGCUGGUGUCACCAUUAACUCCAUUGAGAAGAAGCUGACAGCAUAUCGGGCAGCCCCCAAGGUCAUCCGCUGCAUGACCAACACCCCAGUUAUGGUGCGGGAGGGAGUCACCGUAUAUGCCACGGGCACCCAUGCCCAGGUGGAGGAUGCCAGACUCCUGGAGCAGCUGCUGGGCAGUGUGGGCUUCUGUACAGAGGUUGAGGAGGACCUGAUCGAUGCAGUCACAGGGCUCAGCGGCAGUGGCCCUGCCUAUGCAUUCACAGCGCUGGAUGCCCUGGCUGAUGGCGGUGUGAAGAUGGGGCUUCCAAGGCGCCUGGCAGUGCGCCUAGGGGCUCAGGCCCUGCUGGGCUCUGCCAAGAUGUUACUGGACUCGGAGCAGCACCCAGGCCAGCUCAAGGACAAUGUCUGCUCUCCUGGAGGGGCCACCAUUCAUGCCUUGCACGUGUUGGAGAGUGGGGGCUUCCGCUCCCUGCUCAUCAACGCUGUGGAAGCCUCUUGCACCCGCACACGGGAGCUGCAAACCAUGGCUGACCAAGAGACGGUCUCUCCCGCUGCCAUCAAGAAGACCAUCCUGGACAAGGUUAAGAAGGACUCCAGUGAAGGAGCCUCCCUAUCCUCUUCGAGCCAUGCCAAGCCAUUUGCCCACAGCCUGUCCCCCACAGGGCAGGACUGACCAUCCUGGCUGCCUGCCCCUGUUUUUUACCUCUCUUUCUUUCUUUCUUUCUUUCUUUCUUUCUUUCUUUCUUUCUUUCUUUCAAUGGCAUCUUGGCCAUGUGGCCCAACUUCUGGGCUCAAUAGUCUUCCUGCUUGGGCUCCUAGGUGCUAGGAUUACAGGUGUGUGUCACCACACCUGACUGCUCUGCUUUCUCCUCUCCAAGUGUCUCUAAGCAGGCAACUGGCCAUUGUGGCCUGGCUCAGCCAGGGUCACAGUCAGGGAGGGGGCACAUGACUUCCCCCAGGAAACUUCAUGGCCCUUUUCUCCAGCUUCCUGUACAGCCAAUGCCUGCAGGGGCAUUCCCCUCCUCCAAUGACAGCUGGCUUGAGCUCUUUGGCCUCCUGGGAAUAAAUAUAAGGUAUCCUGCUGCCCUUCCUCAUACCAGAGGCACCUUCCUAUGUGAGGACCAUUGGGUCCAGGGACCCUAAGCCCAGUGCUGGGAGCCCAGGUCCCAUGACCCUGGGGGAUGUUUGGAAAAGGGGCUCAUUUUCACCACCCAAGUACUUGGGCUACUGCUCCUGUUCCUAUCACUUCUCUCUGGACCCUUUAGGCUGAAUAAAUUGGUUUCUGAAA